GCUGUCAUGUGAUCCUUUUCAGUUAAAGCAUCUGUUAUUCGGUACGAUGAAUGACGAUAAAUCCGACGAUAAACUAUUUGAAGGUCAGUUAGAUAAUUUACUUAAUCAUUAAAUAAUAGAGCAUUCCUUAGGUCUCGUCUCUGGACUUUUGGAUAGUUUGUCGGAUACGAAUUACAACUUUAUAAAAACAGUAGAAAACUCUUUAAAAUCUAUAGGUUCAAGAGAGACUGAGCGAACUAUUCAACUUAUCAUAAAUUAUAUUACUAAAAGACCGGAAGUAAGUAAUUGGGAAAAUAAAUUCAAAUUAUCUGUAACGGUAUUUAAAAGAAUUAUUUAUAAAACUAUAUGGACUGCUAGUAAUAAACAGAAUAUCGGCUGUUAAGAGAUUGUUAACAAAUCUAUUAUUCAAUAUUGAAUUGUGCAGAAUAAACCUAUGAUUAAGACUCACAAGUUUCGUCGUACAACCUAUAUAUAUAUAUAUAUAUAUAUAUGCAUAUAUUAUCAUUGACAGAUACCAGCAAAACAUAAGGCAUCUAUAUUUACAUCUGUAGAAAGAAUACUAGAAGAUGCAGAGGAUAUAUCGGAUGAUGUUCAAAAACCAUUAAUUGAUUUUUUGCAUAAGGAAAUAAGCGAGGUUCUAGUUUUAUUUUAUAUUUUAUCCAACUGUGGUUAAUUGAUUAAAUUCAUUUCUUAUUUAUUGAUAAAUUAAGAAACAAACUAAGGAUCAAGAAUGGUCAUCAUCGGCGAGUCGAGUUUUUAUUGUUCUAAGCAGGAAGAACUGCAACGAAGUAGGGAGAUAUUACAAUAAAUCUAUUAUAUUUUAUUAGAAUAUUUUGUUAUUAACGAUUCAUUUUUCAUCUUUAAUAAAGAUUAUGGAAAAUCUUAUGUCAAAAUUCGAACCUGGUAUAAAUCCGAAUAUUAUCAUUUUAGAAACUUUUGGAGAUAUGGCUUUAGCAAAUGCAAGGGGAAUGAUACCUUUUGUAUCUGUCAUUAUGGACACCUUAUUACCUCUAUUCUCUAACAAAAAAUCAGAUGUAAAAUUGAAGCUUGCCCUCUUAUCGCUCUUUGGAAAGUUUGCCGAGUCUUUAUUGGAUUACACAUCUAUGGAUGAUAUUGAUCCAAACGUUAGCAAAUCGUCGUUUUCGAGCAAAUUCUUUUCAGUUAUUACAAGUAUUCAUGGGUGGUUGCCGAAUAGCCGAGAUGAGCAGUUGAUCGUCUCUAUAUUAUAUAAUGCUGGUUUAAUGGCCAGAGCUUUAAAUAUCGACGAUAUAAAUAACAUAUUACAGAAAUUAAUUACCUGUUUUAAUAGCUAUGAUAAAAAAUACCCGGAAUGUGUUAAAAUUAAACAGGGAUUUCAAAAUGUACUUCUAUCUGCAACUGAAGAUUGUACGGAGGAAAGUUCACCAAUGACUCAGCAUUUAGAUUCAACUUUAAAUAUACUUUUUCAGCAGAUGUUAAGAUGUUGCAGUUCAAAAACAGCUGAACAAAAGAUACAUAUAUCAAAGAAUGUUAAUGAAAUAUUAAGAUCUUUUGGUGUUUUGGCAGUUAUUUUUACAAAAACAACUAUACAUUAUAUUCUAUCAAAAAUAGACCAUUCAACAUUGGAGAAUAUAUUCAUUGCAGCAUUUUCAAUAUUAAAACACCUUGUUAAUUGCGCAGGAGAACAAAUCAAGAAAGAGAGUCUUGAAGAAAAUAUAGCUCAGGUUACAAAAGGUCUGACAGUUGGCAAUAAAAGUACAAAAAUCAAAAAAUAUUUGAUACAUUUAAUUGCUACCCUCGUAACUCAUGGCUAUUUAGAUAUGGAAGGAAAUCUAGUAUUGUUGGAUUAUAUGGUUUUGCAUUCGGCUACUCCUUGCACUGACAACAAUGAACUUGUGACCUUAUCUCAUCUAUGCAUGAAUGUACUUCAAGUAAUGGCUUGUACUCAAAAAGAUUUAAAAGCAAUCUUAUCUCCUUAUAUGCUCCAAUACAUUGUGAUGGAACCUUAUCAGCAUGCUCUACACAAUGUUUGCACAACUAUAGCAGCCUUUCUGGCACCGAAUGAAGACGAGGCUGUUCAAGUAUUUGACUUGAGUCAAAGUAGCAUAGCUAGAUCUUGCGCCCUUCUACCACGAUUUCUUGUAUAUCUUGGAGGUUUCUCGUUCAAAUCUCAGCAAGAUGCUCACGCUGCGAUAACAGUUUUAAAAUUAUUAAAAUUAUUAUCACCAUCCCUUCAUUUAAGACUGAUAACCUUAUGGAAUGGUAAAAUACCUGAAUUGAUCAAAUUUAUUGAAGAUAACAUGGAUAAAUUAACAAAUCAAAACAAUGACGAUAUUUAUAACGAAUGGCAAAAUAAUAUUGGAAUGUUAUUUAGAAAAUCUUUAGAAGAAAUAAGUAACGAAGUUUUUGUUCUAACGGUGAUUGAAAGUAUGAAAAAUCAAUUCUCUUUAUGUUCAGUAUCAAAGUAUCAAAGGAUUAUUUGGUUUAAAUGUUUCGCUUAUUGUUUAUACUGCUGUCACGCCAAUAGCAGUACAAUUAUAACAAACUGUUUGAAUUUUAUGAUUGAACACGUUAAUCAAACUGAUAAAGAAGAGAGAACGGCAUGUUCAUCGGCUGUAGGAAUUGUUGCAUCCUCGCAUAUUGAUCUGGUUUUUAGCCGUAUUCAAAGUUUAUAUGAGAAUGAAAAGAAAAAUAGUUUUGUUGAAUUCUUUAAAGAAAAUUUUCAGUCGAAAGUUGAAUAUGGAAGAAUAACUUUGUUACUUUGUCUUGCUCAUUCAAUUCAAAAUUCACCUGUAACGAAUACUUUAUUAUUAAUUGAAACAAGAUUCUUAAGAAUAAUAAUACCUUUACUAAAACAAAAAUUAAAAUUAGACAAUUCAAUGAAAUGGUGUUUAAUUGAAUGUUGUAGAAUAAUAGCUGAUUCUUUACAUCCAAAUAAAAAGUUACCACGAUCUUUGGAAAUUGUUCAUAAAAAAGCUCUCUUGGAAUUUGUUCUGAGAAUAAUGAAAGAAGCGCCAAGUUUAAUUGCUGAUUGUUUAAGAGCAUUAAUCUCUCUUAUACGACUACCUCCAAUUUUACCUGGUGAACAAUUUAAUGAUUUAUUAUUAGUUUCCUUUACAAAUGUUCUAAAUGCAACUACCGAUGAAAAGAACAAAGAAGAGAAGAGUGAAGAUUAUAAUCAACUAUUAACAGAGGAAAAAUUAAAUAAUGAAAUUACCGACUUAUUUCAAGAACUUUUAAAAUUAACUGUUGAACACGACGGUUCAAGUUCAAGCGCAAUGAUGUUAUGCGAUCAUAUUGGAAGUCAAUUGUUAACGAAGAAUGAUUUUAGAAGGCAGAAAACUAUGCAUCUAUAUAAUGGUCUUUUAUUAAAUGCGAACCAUUCACUCUUGGUUGACGAUGAUGUUAGAACGAAAUUAAUUGGUAUAACAAUUCCAAGAUGCUCGGAUUCCGUUGACGAAAUUAAGGAAUACGCUCAUAAAAGUAUGAUGAAAUUGGUCUGUUCAAAAGCAGAUUAUUUGGAUCAAUUAGAAAAUAAUCAAUUUUUUAGAGUCUAUUCAGAAUUGUAUUUGACAAAAGAUCCCUCUGAAAAGUAUAAAGCGUCAUCUAAUUUAGCUUUGUCAAUAUGUGACCUAUUGGCUCCAAGAGAAUUAACUUAUUUGAUACAUUAUUUAUUACCAUCUCUUUCUGAUCCCUGCGAAGAGAGUCAAGCUGGAGUAUCAGUUUGUUUAAACACGAUUUUUAAGACGAAACCUUUAGACUUGGAAAUUGGAGCCGUUGUUGGACAUUUAGUUUCUAAACUUGCAGCUUGCAGUGAAUCAACUAGACUGAGCUGUUUAUCAUCUAUAAAAACAUUGGCUAGCAGACAUUUACAUAUAACUCUGGAAUGUUUACUUUUGGGUGAACCAUCCGAAAGUAUAAAAGGUGUUUGGGGAACAUUGGCAACUGAUAGUAGUUUAUCCAGUCAUGUACUUGAUUAUUUCGUUGAUGCUAUUGUUAGACAACCUCCUCAUCAUAUGCAGCAUUCUAUCGCCUAUGCUCUUUUAGAAAUGUUACAAGCUAAUGAAAUUAAACCAACCGCAAUCGAUAACUUCUCAAAGAUAUUUUCAUCUUUACUAGUCUAUUUGGGAAGUUUAUGCUUUAUCUUUAAGCAUGAAAACUAUUCAAGACAUAACAAUAAGGAAGAUGAUAGGGAUUAUGUAGUAUUUAUAUCUAGAGCUACCUCUACAAUGACAUCGUUAUUUAGAGCUGUGGGGGCAGAUGGAUUAUUGGAUUAUGUUAAAGAGUAUUCACUCUUUGCAAAUUUCUUGAAUGGUAAUUUUGUAACUGGGAUUGCUGCUCUAUCGGGGGCUUUAUCUACCUUCGAAUAUUCUUACGUUCCCAAAUGUUCGAACUGUUUACAAAGUGCUUUAACUGCCGUACACGACUCUCAUAGAAUAACUGCAGCAAUAUUCUUUUCGGAGAUUUUAGGGACAGAGUGCAUUAUUCGUGAUGAUCAAUUGUUUGAGAUUAUAUCAAAUAACCUCCUGUCGCGAUUAGAAGAUCCUUGCCACGAUGUUCGAAUAGCUUGUAUGAAAGGAUUAGGUUUCAUUUCUAAGAACGAGGAUAUUUUACAUUCAAAGAGUUCUACUGUUCUAUCAGCUUUGAUGAUAGCAAUGGAUGAUAAAAGUCCACAUAUUAGUCACGCUGCUAUUUGUUCUCUGCAACUGGUUUUAUCAUCGUCCAUGGCUGAAGAUGUUAGACCUAUUAUUAUAAAUAUUGCCGUAAAAGUUAAAUGUUGCUUUGAAUCGGAAUUCGAAUUCAUUAGAGCGAGUGCAUUCCUUCUCUAUGCACAUUUGGCCAAAUUCAGAGAUGCGGAAACGACAAAAUUGCUGACAGACGUUUUUAACGGAAGCUUUGUAACGCUUCUUGUCCAUGUUAAUGAUCCUUGCGAAAUGGCAAAAAAAAAUUGUCAGCAGGCGCUCAAAGAAUUAGUUCCACUAUUACCAAGCGUUCAAUUAACAACAAUGUUCGCUAAAUGUAUGGACAAUGAUUUGCACUAUGGAGAAUUUAUGAAUAGUGUCGCUAAAAUAAUAGUUGACGAUCUCGGUAACAAAUUAACCGUUUUCCUCCAACAAGGAGCAACUUAUACUAAAAGUUCUGUAAGGAAUAUUAGAGCAGCUGCAUUAAUGUUUUGCGGUUUUAUCCUAAAGCAUUGUAAAGAUCGUAGUAAUUUACCGGUUGACGUAGUUUCUCAAACUGUAUUACAAGCUCUUAAAGACCAAGAUACAGUUGUUAGAUUAAAAGCAGCUGAAGUUUAUAAUGUAAAGAGUCUUUGCUACAUAAAAUGUAAAUGCUAUCAGAAAAAAUAUGACUUUGGGGGGCGAUGGAACUUUAACGGUGAUGCUAAUGGCGACGAUGAUGAUUGUAUACUAAGAAAGAGCGAUAUUGUUGAAAAUGGUUGGAAAGUUUUAAGAAAACUAGGUGGAGGUAGUUUCGGUCAAGUAUACGAAAUUAGAAAAGGAUCGCAAAUGUGCGCAAUAAAAGUAGAAGGUAUCAAAGGUACUGAAAAACAGAGGCCCUCUUUAAAAAGGGAAUUUGAUAUAAUUCGAAGGAUUGAAAGAAAAUAUAAAGAAUAUAGUAAUGGAGAUAUCAAGUUUCCUGUCAAUGUUGAAUUUAAUCGUUUUUGCUAUCUCAAAGGGUUUAGUGUUGAAUUAGAGGACGAUGAUUAUAAGGAUUGGAAACAUGGAGGUACUCCUAUUAAUCAUAAUAAAUUCAUAGCGUAUUAUUAUAUAAUUAUGGAGUUAAUGGGUCGAAAUUUAACUGAUCUUAGGAGAAACGAACCCGAUCAAAAGUUUGGAAUCUAUACAAUCAGUUAUUUGGCUUUGGAGACUUUUAAAGCGAUAAAAACCCUUCACGCCAUUGGUUUUGUUCAUAGAGAUAUAAAACCAUCGAAUUUUGUUCUUGGAAAGUCAAGAAAUCGCGAAAUUUUUCUUGUUGACUUCGGUUUAGCUUAUACAUUUGGAAGAUUAACCAAAGUUCUCUCAGGGAAAAGAGUUUUAUCCACUUAUCCUCCCCAUUUCGAUUAUGUUAAUCCAGAGAGAAGAAACGGUGCUGGAUUUAGGGGUACUGUUAGAUAUGCUUCACUAAGAGCCCAUAGGGAGGAGUAUCUCUCUUACCAGGAUGAUCUAAUCAGUUGGUUUUAUAUGCUUAUUGAAAUGAGUACCGGAGCUCUUCCUUGGAGAAAGGUUAAGAAAAGGAAAGACGUCCAAAAAAUAAAGGAAAAAUAUAUUAAUGUUAAUAAUCUAUUAAUAUUCUCUUUGCAUGAUGAAAAUGGUCGACUAGGAGAAUCGUAUAAUUUAUACGAAGUUCCCGACAAAUUACAACCAACAUUUAAGCAUAUCUAUAAAAGAAUAAUGAAUAUUAAUAUCAGAGAUCCUAUAGAUAUGGAUUCUAAUUUUUCAGUUGAUCCAACAGAACCGCCAAAUCCCCGUUCUCAAAAUAAUUAUACCGAGAUUGAACUACUCCUCAUAAAAUUAAGAAACUCUAUCGGAAAUAUGAAAAAUAUAGAAAGAAAACUAGACUGGGAAUCGAGAACAAAUAGCCAAUUUGAUAAACUCAAUUCAACUAACUCUGUUGGAGCAGUGGUUGAAUAUAACGGGUAUUCAAAAAUGAAUUUAGUAAUUCCCCCUAGCGAAAUCGUUGAUGUUGAUGAAUCAAGAGAUGAUUCAAAGGCACCAAGGAGAUAUAGUCAAAAAGUUGCAUUACCCAAUCAACGCUUUAUACUUCAUAGAAUAAAACCAAUGAUAGAUAGAAACGAAUCGCUCACUAAAUGA